UUGUUUGGAGUUGGAGUUUAAAGUAACAGCAUAUACACCAAGCAUCAUUUAACCAUGGCAGAGAAGGCAGAGGUCACCUUGGACAAGAAACAAAUGGAUGUGCUUAAGAAAGCCUUUGCCGUGUUUGAUAAGGAUGGUGAUGGGAUCAUUACUGGGAAGGAGCUGGGUAACGUGAUGCGAUCCAUGGGAGAGAACCCAACAGAGAACGAGGUUCAUGAGAUCGUCAACGAACUCGAUAUGAAUGGAAACGGACAAAUCGACUUUGCUGAGUUCGUGGGAGUGAUGUCGAAGAAGAUGAACGAUAUGGACAACGCUGAGGAUAUCCGUGAAGCUUUCAGAGUCUUCGACAAGGGAGGAAAUGGAUAUAUCGAGAAUUCUGAACUCAAGCACGUUUUGACUUUCCUCGAUAUCCAUAAGAGCGAGGUUGAUGAACUCAUCAAAGAUGCUGACACCGACGGGGACGGUCGAAUCGAAUAUGAAGAAUUUGUUCAAAUGAUGAACCUGGGUAACGAGAACAAGGGCAGUGCUACCGCCAAUCUCAUCAAUGCAGUUCUUUGAUAUUUGGAAAUUAAAGUAUUUCAAAUUCGUUGAAGGUAAUUAAACAAGAAUUGCUUUUUAAAAGCUGUCUAUACGUUAGCAGCCGGACUGUCUUGCUUGUAAUGGUAUAACACGUGUUAAUUCAAGGGUAGAAGAGUGGGGCAAAAUCUGCCUUGCCCCGUUUCAAAUUGUUUUCAAUAACAAGUGUCACAUUUCUGUGACAAACUUGCUCUCACUCAAUCAAAUGCAACGAUUUCGGUAGCUUAUGGCAGUUAUUGUAACAUGUUAUUGAUAACAAGUUUUAAUAAAACAGGGCCCUAAAGAGCACCUUUAAUUAAAAGUUGAAUUCAAGGUUUCAAGUGUUCUUCUGUAAUAAUGCACUUGAGGACACCAUACAAAAAAUGCAGCUUAAUUUGGCUAACGCGACGCGACUUUAACUAACCGUAUAGUGAAAGCCUUGAAGCGUGCUCCAAAAUAUAUAUUCGCAAUCGAAUUAUUUAAAAUUAUAAUUGUCGCUUUUUGAAAUUAAAUAUAUGGAUAUUCUUUAGUAACGGACAGAAAACAUUUUUAUUUAUCUUCACCUUGCCUCAGUAUUUAUUAUGUAAAUUAUUUGUUGUGAAAAUGGAGGCCAAUUUCUGCGUAUAGUUGACAUUAGUGAUAAGCGUCUGAAUCUGAAUAUUUUAAUCAAUAUUAUAUUGAUUAUAUUGAUAUUACAUUUGUAUAUUUUGUAUACUAGGAACUACAAAAUAAAAAUUAUCAAAGGAAUCCUUUUGCCUCGAAAUUUUACGAUAAGUGAUUUUCCUGUAUAACUUUUGAAAAAUGCAAAGAGAUCUUGUGGAAAGAAGAAACAUUAACAACUUUCUGCUUAUUGUCCAUAAAUUCAUGCGUAAAUCUUACGUUCCUUUUUCAUGUUUGUAUUUUAUGAUUUUAUCGACAAUAUUUGUUUCCGUAUAGAACGUAAGAAUAUAGCAUAUGAGAUGUUUAUAUUAUUACGUAUGCGGAUACUUCGACGAAGUUAACAAAUUUGUACAGUUUAAGUGAUGAUUAUUACACAGUUGAGUACUUUUAAAGAAUUUGGUAUUGAACGAUUGUUGAUUUUUGUUUCUCGACAUUCCCGUACAUGUAUUCAAAAGUUCUAAAUCGUAUUGAUGAAUGUAUAAAACUUUAAAUCAUUCCUAAUCUAUUUUGAUAAAUUGGCUUAAAAUAUGCAAAUGAUUGCCUUGUGUGUUGAGUGCCUUAAUUAAUUAGGCUUAUGUUUGUAUUUAUGAAUGUAUAAAUCAUUCCAAACUUAUUUUGAUAAAAUGUUUUAAAAUAUGCAAAUUGCCUUUGUGUGUUGAGUGCCUUAAUUGAUUAGGAUUAUAAUUGCCUUGAUCUUCCAGUAAUCAAUGAACUGUGGUGUUAAGGCGAUCAUAAAGACUUUAAAAAAAAAAA